UUUUUUCACUGGUGCAGUUUAGCCAUUACACCAGUAGGUGUCAGAAGCUGUCGGCGGAAGUGAAACCUCUCGCUUGGCUUAUAAACAGGCUGUAUCCCACAGGGCAUCCAUAACUGUUGUACGUAGUGGGUGUAUUUAUAUUGCCUAAUCAUUCUACAGAGCUAAAAGUGCAUUUGAAUGCACCAUGAAGCCGCAGCCCGCUGACACCAAACCGCGCCUGUCUGUGACAAACCCAACCGAGGCUGCGCUGUCUCUGCAAGAGGAGCUCGUUGCAGCGAUCCAUGGGGCGUUUGAAGUGGCCGUGGAGAUCGCAGUUCGAGAGGUGACUAAGCUGGUGGGUCAAGCGACGGGAGACGUGUAUGAAGAGAUGCGACGAGAGAACGAGUCCCUCAAACAAAAACUGCAGAGAGCUGAAGCCCUGCUGGACUGUGCGCGCAGAGAGGACCGAAGUGGCAGCCCUCCUCCUACAAAGCUACACCUGAAUGCUACCAGCCAUGCAGGCCAACCGCCUCACCCUAAAUCCCAUCAAAAAAGCCCAAAUCACAGAGUGGGCAAUGGACAAGGUUGCGCGGGGCUCAGAGGUGACACUCCUCCUGCAGGUCACAGCCGUGCAGACCAGCCUCCUGACCCCCAGCAUAAACCUGUGGGCAGAAAUGAGGAGCAGAGAUCAGGCGAGCAUGUAAAGAUGCAGUAUGUCAGUGGUGCAGCUUCAAACCCAGAAAGAAACCAGGGAUAUGCAGUUGCUUGUGAUGUUUUGAUUAAAGAAGUCAGUGAAGACAUUUCCCGUGUUUGUGUGGUGAGGGUAGAGAGCAUUAACCAGCCAAAUCGAAACCUGGCAGCUCAACGCCGCAACUCGCCACCCCUUCCCAAUGGAGAUGACAUUUUAGAGCAGCUUACAGUAAAGCAGGAGAAGCCAGAAGAGGAGAGCGAUGAUCCAGCUUGCUGUUUAGACUCGAUCAAAUUGGAGGACUUUAGCCCGGAGUGUAUGUCGGCAGUCCAAUCCAACAUGCUGGAGGAGUGGAAACCAGAAGUGCUGGAUAUUCAGAGCCAAGACUCAGACACUCUGUCCUGCACCGGGCUGACUCAGGCUCAUCCUUCCAACCUCCCACCACGCGCAGAUCUUCCGUCUCUCUCCUCAGAGUUCCCAAACAUCUUCCAGCCAGCUGAACCAGCUCCCAUCCCAGAAACCCCUCCACAGGUUUACGGAGUCCACGUACGGGCCAGCCGCAACCUCGGCAACACCUUCACCAACAUCUAUGCCUGCAAGUCCUGUGGUCAGACGUUCCACCUGCCCAGCUUGCUGCGGCGGCACUAUGGCCAGUGCCAGCAGAAGCUCCAGCAGUGUUGCCAACAGCCUGUAGCGGGAAGUAAGAGGACCAGACUGCAGCUUUACCCACCGGGCUGCAGCCCUUUCCGCUGCACAGAGUGCAACCGAGAGUUCAACCGCAUGGAGAACCUCAAGACUCACCUUCGCAUCCACACAGGAGAGAGGCCGUACACCUGCUCAGUAUGCUCCAAGUGUUUCCGUCACUCUGGGGCAUUAACCAGGCACUUUCGCAUCCACACAGGAGAAAAGCCUUACAUCUGCGGACAGUGUGGGAAGUCUUUCAGAAACUGUGGGGGGCUCAAAUUCCACCAGCGUUCACACAGCAUGCAGCUGCAGUAGAGUGGGACUCAGCAGUGUUAAUGUCUUCAAGAUCCCAAUUUUUUUUAUGUGAGAUGUAAACAUCUGAUUUUAUGCAAUUCUCAAUGUUUAAAUUUUUAUGUUUUAAAAAAAGGUAUACAGGCUUUUCCACAUGGUCAGACCUGAGGCUGUUGACUGAAAUAGUCUGGGGAAUGUUGUGUACUUAACUCAGCUCACUCCAUAACAGGGUCUUUCCUGUCUGUACUGUGUCACCUUUUUCAACCAGGUCUUCCCUUUUUGAGAUAGCAGGUAUUGCUUUUAAGUGCUCUCACCCAAAAAGCAGCAUCACAACAAGUUAUGGGACCAGUCAAGUGUCGAACAAACCAUGUAGGAAGACGAUGUAUAAAUACAGUAGCUAUGUGAAACCUUUCAGUGCCAGUUUCUGACUUGUUUUAUGAUGGUUAUUAAAUAAUCAGUUUUUAUCUUUUUCAUGGCAAUCUUGUUUUCCUUAUUGUGCCUAAUAUAUACAAAUAUUUUAACUAUACUGUAUGGAAAAUAAUUUCGUUUGAUUAAUAAAAAGUAUGGAAAUUG